UGGGGCUCGGGGGCUCAGUCCCUGGUUGCCCAGGCGCUCGGGGAACUGGGACUCCCCGUGGGGAGGGGAGGAAGGCUGUAAGUCCUAGCGGGACAGGGUCCUACAAAGAGGGGAGGGAGGAGCUGGGUGAGAGGGGCCGGGGCAUUGGGAAGGGUCGCCCAGAGUCCUCCCAGGGAUGGGGUGUGCGGCUUGUCUGAGCGCCCCCGGAGCGCUGGUUCUGUGGGCCGCACUGGGGGCGGCAGCUCACAUUGGACCCGCACCUGACCCGGAGGACUGGUGGAGCUACAAGGAUAAUCUCCAGGGAAACUUCGUGCCAGGGCCUCCCUUCUGGGGACUGGUGAACGCAGCGUGGAGUCUGUGUGCCGUGGGGAAGCGGCAGAGCCCGGUGGAUGUGGAGCUGAAGAGGGUCCUUUACGACCCCUUUCUGCCCCCACUAAGACUCAGUACUGGGGGAGAGAAGCUCCGGGGAACCCUGUACAACACCGGCCGCCAUGUCUCCUUCCUGCCUGCACCACGGCCUGUGGUCAAUGUGUCUGGAGGGCCCCUCCUUUAUAGCCACCGACUCAGCGAACUGCGGCUGCUCUUUGGAGCGCGUGACGGAGCUGGCUCUGAACACCAGAUCAACCACCAGGGCUUCUCUGCGGAGGUGCAGCUCAUCCACUUCAACCAAGAACUCUACGGGAACCUCAGUGCCGCCUCCCGGGGCCCCAAUGGCUUAGCCAUUCUCAGCCUCUUUGUCAAUGUGGCUGGCAGCUCAAACACAUUCCUCAGUCGUCUCCUUAACCGGGACACCAUCACCCGCAUCUCCUACAAGAAUGAUGCCUACUUUCUUCAAGACCUGAGCCUGGAGCUCCUAUUCCCUGAGUCCUUUGGGUUUAUCACCUAUCAGGGCUCUCUCAGCACCCCGCCCUGCUCGGAGACUGUCACCUGGAUCCUCAUUGACCGGGCCCUCAAUAUCACCUCCCUCCAGAUGCACUCCCUGAGACUCCUGAGCCAGAAUCCUCCAUCCCAGAUCUUCCAGAGCCUCAGCGGUAAUGGCCGGCCCCUGCAGCCCUUGGCCCACAGGGCCCUGAGGGGCAACAGGGACCCCCGGCACCCCGAGAGGCGAUGCCGAGGCCCCAACUACCGCCUGCAUGUGGAUGGUGCCCCCCAUGGUCGCUGAAACCCCAUCGAGGAUUGCGCCCGCCCUUCUCAAGCCUCCUCACAAAGGGAGUCACCCCCAAAACAAAGCUAUUAAAGGGACAGAAUACU